GAAGCUUCCACGACUGCGACCCUGCCCCCCAGAUGCCUGUUUAAUUUUCAGUUAAACAACAUAAUUGCUUAAUAGAAGCAUUCCCCCUGCGGUAUUUCAGAAAUUUAUCUAAAAUUCAAAUUUAACUAAACAUUUGUAUUUUUAUUUGCUAAACAUGGCAGCCCUACCCGGGGGCAAAUCACUGGCCUGCAGUGUUUUUAACCAAUUGCAAUGAGUCAAUUGCUUUUUUAUUGGUUUAUUUUUCAGAGUGAACCCCACACCGAACAGUUCCUCUUCUAUAAUUAUAAUGAGUAUUGUGCCUUUAGAAACAGAUUGUAGGGGAGGAACAAGAAUCUUUUCUCUACCCUUCUAGGUUCUGUGGCUGAGAAUCCCCUGUCAUAAAAGACAGAUUAACAAGAGAAAAACCAACCGAAGUUUAAUAAUGUGUGUACCUCAUGUGUACCCACAGGAGAUCCAGGAAAACUGAGUAAAACCCCUUGAUAGAGUCCAAACCAACACCUUAAAUAUCAUCUCCAGCUGAAGAGAAAGGAAGAUGUUGGGGGAGGGGCAGUUAUGGAGAUGCUACCAGGAAAAGCACAGUAAAUGGCGUCAAUUGUCCUGCAGAUUUAAGUCCUUGCCUUCUCCGUUAAUUGGAGAAUUAAUCUCCAAUGCAGAUUUAGAGUCAGCCUCUCCUUCCUGGGGGAGACACCUUUAUAAAUGGGAAAUUUCUUUUAUAUAUGUAAAUGUCCUUUACAAAAAGGUAACUUGUGCUCUGUUGUCAGAGAUUCUCUUGUGUGUCUGAAGGUUUUCAAAAACAACCACAUCAAAACAAUCCUUAUGUCAGAGAGGCAUAUUUUAGGGUGGUGUAUUUUGCUACCCCUCAAGACGAAGUCAAGGGAGAGAUGCAGAAUCCAAUUAGGUGAGUUUCGGUCCUGACAGGAAGUUAAAGAAUCCUCUGGAGGUCAGUCAGGGAGGAAGGAGCUUGGAGAAGGAAGCUGGCAACAGCCUUAGCAGAGAGGUAGGGAGAGUGAGGAGCUCUGGCCACACCAAUUAGUUAAAAGAGGUUGCAAAAGAAGCUAGAAGGGGUUACAGAGGUCUUGCAUAAGAGCGUGAAGUACCCAAGGGAAAAACCAUUAAUGUUUACGUCAGGGAAAGACACUUCAAUGUCUUAAGCGUUUUAAGACAUGCAAAAUCAAAACAAGCCAAAAGGAAAGUCAGCUGCAACUGGUGGGUUCUGCAGACUUCCAUCUUCCACAGGAGAGUUAGUUAACUCUUAAACUCCAGGGAGGUUGGUCCGAAAGCCAAGUGCAAGAAGGUGUGUUGCUGCCUGUGCUGUUGGAAGAGCAUUCCACAAGCCUGGGAAGAAAGGACGAGCCCCCCGCCUCAGCUUCUAGGGACUUUUCUCUUGGCUGGGAAGGAUUUUAUGUUAAACAGAAAUACUUCCAGAAGAUUCAAGAAGUGGUAAAGGUGACGCAAAUCUGCGAAGGACCAGCAUGGGGAUCCUAUACUCUGAGCCCAUCUGCCAGGCGGCCUACCAGAACGACUUGGGUCAAGUGUGGCGGUGGGUGAGAGAAGACAGCGCCUGUAUCAACGUGCGAGAUGGCUUUAAUGGAGACACUCCCCUGAUCUGUGCUUGUAGGCGAGGACACCUGAGAAUCGUUUCCUUCCUUUUAAAAAGAAAUGCUGAUGUGAACCUCAAAAACCGGAAAGAGAGAAACUGCUUGCAUUAUGCCGUGAAGAAAAAAUUUACCUUCUUCGAUUACCUACUCAUUAUCCUCUUAAUGCCCGUUCUGCUUAUUGGGUAUUUCCUCAUGGUGUCAAAGACCAAGCAGAAUGAGGCUCUCGUCCGAACGUUGCUCAAUGCUGGCGUUGAUGUGAAUGCCACGGACUGCGACGGCUGCACGGCGCUACAUUACGCCUGCCAAAUGAAAAACCAGACCCUUAUCCCUCUGCUGCUGGAAGCUCGUGCCGACCCCAUGAUCAAGAACAAGCGUGGUGAGAGUCCCCUGGAUAUUGCGCGGAGAUUAAAGUUUUCCCAGAUUGAAUUAAUGCUAAGGAAAGCAUCAUAAUCCUUGUGGCCUCACGUGGAGAAGUAGAUAAAGUUAAAGGACUGGAUUCUAUCUCCAUUUUGGACAAUUGGUCUGUGGACUGUUGAACCUGGAUGCUAUGAUUUUAUGGUUACCAUGGGUAACUGUAAUUGUGGUUACCAUGGUAACGUUUUGGAAGAGCUUUGUAUUUAGAAUUUUCUUUUGCCCAUUGGAGUUCACCAUGGUCACGAUCCUUCUAGGAGAAACACCAAAACUCUUGGAGUCUCCAUUUUGGUAAAAAAAAAAAAAAAAGGUGACAUUUCAAGGUCAGUCUCUCCCAAAGAAGAGGAUCAGUGUUACCUGGUUCAGUUUUCUCUUCUCAGCUGUGCGGCUCUUACCAAGAGGCUGUCCUGUCUAUAUCAUGCCCAGAAGACAACUGGCUCUAUCCGUCCUUUUUGAGUAGUAAGAAGAAGAAUCAAAGUAUAUAUAUUUGUAUAGACUGAUGUAUUGGGGGGAUGGGAGGUGAGCUUCAUAUGUAAAUAUUUAUUCAGUGAAACAACUUCAAUAAAGUCAUCUAUCAGUCA